UGCAAUCAGCGCUGAAGCCCGGCGCGACGGAGCGGAUCUCUGGAUGUGGUUUACAAUGGGACCGGAUCUCACGUUACAAUCUAUCGGACGAGGAAAGCUAAAAUUGACAUUAAACACUCAGACGAUCUGCACUGCAAAUGGGUGUUCAGAGACGUGCUACGUUUUAUCUGACAGUUUAUGAAGCUGCUUGUAAAGCGUCAUUUCCAAGUUUAGUACAAUGUGGAAACGCAAGGCUUGUUUUUCCUUUCUGUCCACGAUUUGACGGUCCAACUGACCCCUUUAUGUAACUAUGCUCUAACUGAAGGCGCGUUCGUCUGCGAGCAUCAUCCGUGGAAAGCACCUGGAGGACUCUAUCAGCGGCUACAGCAUCAGCAAUGGCGUGAUCGACCGCUUCAUUGUCUUUGCAAUGGAUGAUAAAUCCAACAAACUCCUUUUAGUUCCUGUUUUGACCGUUUUAUUUGUCACGAUCGGCUAUCAGUACAUCUGUCCAGCGGGGAGCACGUCUUGUCGGUUUGGUAAUGGAGAGAGUUCUCCGUUCUCCAAAUAUGCAGAAGACGUCAAGAGAGAGUCUCCGGCUCCGGACGAGGACGCUCCGUUCAAAUUCCCGUCUAAAUUCAACUUCACGCGCGAGGACCUCUAUCGCCACGUGGAUUUCGACAUCAAGGGGAACGACGUGAUCGUGUUCCUCCACAUCCAGAAGACCGGAGGAACGACGUUCGGGAGGCACCUGGUGCGCAACAUCCACCUGGAGCGCCCGUGCGACUGCCGCUCCGGCCAGAAGAAAUGCACGUGUCACCGACCCGGUAAAGCGGAGUCGUGGCUCUUCUCGCGCUUCUCCACGGGCUGGAGUUGCGGUUUGCACGCGGACUGGACCGAGCUGACGAACUGCGUCCCUGCUGUGAUGAAUAAAAAGCAAAAGAAAGACGCGCCAUUGAACAGACGGAACUUCUACUACAUCACGCUGUUGCGGGACCCUGUGUCGCGUUACCUGAGCGAGUGGAAGCACGUGCAGCGCGGCGCCACGUGGAAGACGGCACUGCACAUGUGCGACGGCCGUCCUCCCACUCCAGACGAGCUGCCGGCCUGCUACAGCAGCGAAGACUGGACCGGCGUGUCUCUGGAGGAGUUCAUGGCCUGUCCCUCGAACCUGGCCAACAACCGGCAGACUCGCAUGCUGGCCGAUCUCAGCCUGGUGGGCUGCUACAACCUGUCCUCCAUGAGCGAAGAACGGCGUGCCGAGCUGCUCCUCAGCAGCGCCAAGCGCAACCUGCUUCACAUGGCAUUCUUCGGCCUAACUGAGUUCCAGCGCAAAACACAGUUCCUUUUUGAGAGGACGUUCGGCUUGCACUUUAUCACCGCCUUCACUCAGAUUAAUGGGACGCGGGCGGCCGGCGUCACUGUUGGGCCGUCCACCCGGAGGCGCAUAGAGGAGUUGAACGCGCUAGACAUGCAGUUGUACGGAUAUGCGCGGGAGCUUUUCUCACGGCGCGUGCAGUACUGCCACCAUCAGGAGCGGCAGGAGGAGAGAGAGAGGAAACGACAGCAACGCAGGAGAAUGAAGGAACAGAAAGCUUCACAGAUUCAACAACAGGAGGACGAUGAACGAAAAGACGCAGAGUUAACUGGGGUGACGGAGGACUACAGCAGUCAGGUGGUGAGGUGGUGAUGCUGUGCUCUGGCUAUGUUCAGAAUAACAUACUAACAUGCUACUCUUACUAUCUUGGUAUAUAGUAUAUAGUAUGCAUACUGUGCAGAA